CACCACCACCACCACCACCACAAAGCUCGCCUCUUGGCCACUUCCAGCGACAAUCUUGUCUGAGAAGUACACUGCACAGACACAGCUGCCCGGCCACGAUCUCACGACAUCAAGACAUCCUACGCUCGCACUCACCCCGAGCCGCAUAUAGCUACUACGCAAAGCAGCAAGCAAACUCGACCCGCACAGCCACCUCUUUAAACGCACCGCACUCUUGCCACCCUUUCCCACCCUUUUCCCUUACACAUACACAUAAUGGCUGACGCUCAAUACGACUAUCUCUUCAAGGUGGUGCUGAUCGGAGACUCGGGAACAGGAAAGUCGAACCUCCUCUCUCGAUUCACACGCAACGAGUUCUCCCUCGAGUCCAAGUCCACAAUUGGAGUCGAAUUUGCUACCAGGUCCAUCUCGGUAGACUCAAAGACUGUCAAGGCCCAAAUCUGGGACACUGCUGGUCAGGAGCGUUACAGGGCCAUCACAUCAGCCUACUACCGUGGUGCAGUGGGGGCCCUCUUGGUGUACGACAUUGCCAAGCACCCAACAUACGUCAAUGUGUCCAGGUGGCUAAAGGAAUUGAGGGACCACGCUGAUAGCAACAUUGUCAUUAUGCUCGUGGGGAACAAGAGUGAUUUGAGGCAUCUCAGAGCAGUACCCACCGAUGAGGCAAAGAGCUUUGCUGCAGAGAACAACUUGAGCUUCAUUGAGACGUCUGCCCUCGACGCCAGCAACGUCGAGCAGGCCUUCCAGAAUAUCCUCACUGAGAUCUACCGCAUCGUUUCAAACAAGGCGCUGCAGUCAUCCGACGAGGUCAUCAAGCCCACGGGCGGAUCAGAGACAAUUACCGUACAGACUUCGACAGACGAUGGAGGCGCUGCUGGCAAGAAGGCUGGUGGAUGCUGCUAGAGAUUCGUGGAGUGGAGAGAGGAGCUGAAUGCAGCGUGCGUGGGUGCGAUUCCCCUUCGUCUCAUCUUCUGCAAUGGAGGGUUUGGCGGGCUUCCGUGGCGGGCUGCAAGCUACAAGCCAGCAUACAUGUAUCAUCGUUGGUCGGACGCUGGUGAGGAGGUGUAGAGGUAGAGGAUGUACGACUGGCGCCUGGUGACUGGCGAAGUGCGACUGCGACUGCUCUUCUUCUUGUAUCUUGUGCAUGCAAGGUGAUUUCUUUUCCGAUUGUUAGGAGCUCAGCCAGC